GCCACCGCCCGGCUCCCGGUGCCCCCGGACGCAUGGCCACCGCCGCCCGGCUCGCAGCGCUGCCCCGCCGGGCGCUGCUCCUCCUGAGCGGCCGUGCCCUGCACACAAGGAGACCCGCUGCAUCCCAGCGGGCGACCAACAGCUAUGUCCAAGGGACCGUAGACAUUCCGCUUCUAAACAAAACCGUGGGCCAGUGCCUGGACGAGACGGCUGAGCGCUUUCCCGACCGUGAGGCCUUCGUCUUCUUCCAAGAUGGGGUUCGGAAAACGUUUGCUCAGUUCAAAGAGGAGGUGGACCAAGCAGCAGCUGGACUUCUGGCUCUUGGCCUGAAGAAGGGAGACCGGCUAGGAAUGUGGGGUCCCAAUAAAUACGAGUGGGUUCUCAUGCAGUUUGCAACUGCCCAGGCAGGAAUCAUCCUGGUAUCUGUGAAUCCCGCCUAUCAGGCCCUUGAGCUGGAGUUUGUCAUCAGGAAGGUUGGCUGUAAGGCACUGGUGUUUCCUACUCAAUUUAAAUCACAGAAAUACUAUGAUAUUCUAAAGCAGUCAUGUCCUGAGCUAGAAAAUUCCAGUCCAGGGGGAAUAAAGAGUAAAAGGCUACCUGACUUAUCUGUCGUCAUUGUGGUGGACUCCAAGCUGCCUGGCACCUUCCACAUGAACGACGUGAUGCAGGCUGGGGACAGCAGCCACGUGAAGCAGUUAAGAGCCUUACAGCAGACCCUGUCCUGCAACGAGCCCAUCAACAUUCAGUUCACUUCAGGGACAACAGGAAGCCCCAAAGGAGCCACCCUCUCUCAUAGGAACAUUGUGAAUAAUGGCAAUUUGAUUGGCAUGAGACUGGGGAUCACAGAGCAGGACUAUCGUGUUUGCCUCCCUGCACCCCUCUAUCAUUGCCUGGCGUCAGUAGGAGGCUGCAUGGUGACGGCUCUGCAUGGUUCCUCCUGCAUCUUCUCAUCUCCGAGUUUCGAGGGGAAGGCGGCACUGGAGGCAGUGUCUCAAGAGAAAUGCUCCUUCUUACAUGGCACGCCAACCAUGUUUAUAGCCAUGCUCUCCCAGCCAGACUUUGACUCCUACGACCUGUCGACUCUCCGGGGAGGAGUUAUUGCAGGUUCCCCCGUUCCCCCUGAGAUCAUGAAGAUGAUUUUAACGAAGAUGCACAUGCCAGAGACUGUGGUUGCCUAUGGGACCACAGAAAACAGCCCGGUCACCUUCAUGGGAUUCCCCAAUGACAGCAUUGACAGAAAAACCAAGACGGUGGGAUACAUCUUCCCCCACACAGAGGCAAAAAUUGAGGAUCCAGAAACGGGGAAGCCCGUGCCUCUGAACACUGCUGGGGAGCUUCAGAUCCGCGGCUACUGCGUCAUGCUGGGGUACUGGGACGACCCUGACAGAACACGGGAAGUGAUCUCCGAUGAGAAGUGGUACAAAACGGGGGACAUCGCAAGCCUGGACGAGCACGGCUACUGCAGUAUUAUCGGCCGCUGCAAGGACAUGAUUAUUCGGGGAGGAGAGAACAUCUACCCAGCAGAACUCGAGCAGUUUCUCCACACCCAUCCCAAGGUUGAGGAGGUGCAGGUGGUUGGCGUGAAGGAUUCGGUGAUGGGAGAAGAGGUCUGUGCCUGCAUCCGCGUGAGAGCCGGGCAGAACUGCACCGUGGAAGACAUUAAGGCUUUCUGCAAAGGGAAGAUCUCCCAUUUCAAGAUCCCCCGGUACGUCGUGUUUGUGAAUCAGUUCCCGCUCACCGUCUCGGGCAAGGUUCAGAAAUACAAGUUGAGAGAGCAGAUGGAGAAGCACCUUCAGCUCUGAGCUCAGGAAGGCAGAAUUAAAAAAAAAAAAAAAUAAUAAAGGGAUAAAUCAGACUUGCUUCAGCCAGCUUUAUGUCUGCUUUUCACCUGUGCCUCAGGAUCAGCGCUGGAGGGCUUCUCUCCCUGCCAUCAGCCUGAUGGCACUUUUAUGUUAAUAAAACAGAGAGCCUCUUUUUCCCAGUUAGGUUUGUUUCUUUGCCAAAAGAAAUACUGCGGUGUGAGGAAGGGAUGCUUAUUUCUGGAAUCCUGUCCUGUUACUGUAAGACCUUAUGAAGGUUCUAAAACCUUGUGUCUCUUCGAGCAGCUUGGCCACAGCCAUUUCAGAGGACUUUGUAGGCCUGAACAGAUGUCGGUAAGAUAUUUUUACUGAUAUUUUAAGUCACAACAGCCUCACACAGUAAGUACCUUCUCUGCUUGGGUGCUGUUGAGAUUCGUAGGUCAUGUAACAUUGCCUGGUGAAACGACACACCUGAUAAACUUGAAAUGAAGGGCAGGGGCUUUAGAGAGAGAGGUGUGACGUAGGAAGCGGCUCCCUACAGCUGGCUGGAAAAGCUAGCCCCGUUCCCGGGCCUUGCGGGGGCCUUGUGACCCACCAAUAAACUUCUCCAACACAG